CCAAGAGUGCGAGAGAGACGAGCGACGAAAGCGAUUCGCGGAAUCGGCCUGCCACCCUCUCCCUCUCCCGUGACGCCGCUGCGGCAGGCGGCAGGCUACUCGAGUCCAGUUGUGGCGUGCCCGUGGCAGAGGAAGGAGCGACUCUACGGACUUGUUGCGAGCGCGUCGAUUUAGACCCAGGAGUUGAAAAGUUGAGCAGAGCGCUCACAGGGAAGUUCGCGACUCAUUAGAAGUACGACCAGCCCUUCAACUUACGCUCAACGUUCACCAAGUUGUCCAGCGACCCUUUGUUACAAUGUCUCUAACCUUAAAUCUUCGGGCAGCGCUGAAGUGGGCCGGCAAGAAGGUUCAGAACUAUAUGAACCAGCGCGUGGAGGAAGUCUUCGGUUUACCUCUGGAGACAUUCUUGAAGGCCGUCGGAUACGCCUCAUCGGUGGUGUGCCUUGCCGCUGUUGUGGUGUUGUUGGUCGUGCUUGUCUGCAUGGGCGACCAGGAGUCCAUAGACGUGGCGGUCCGUUUGGAUGGUGACCUCUGCAAGAGCUUCAAGUGUCAUGCCCUGACGUUUGCUGCUCCAGUGGUCUCGGUUUUGAAUCAUGUUGCAUUGUACCACGUGUGGAUCAGGGUAUUCGGGUACUCCAUGUACGACUUCUAUCAUGGCAACCUGAGGCACACGAAGGCACUGGAGGACUUUUCCACGCUUUCCCCUUUCUUCAUUAUGGUUAUGAUCUUCGAGUUCUCCUACGGUUUCCUGCUGUCGAUCAACGUCCACCUCGGAAUGCAACAGAAAUGUUAUUCGAAAGUGAAGUCCUUCAGUGAUUUCCUGUUCCUGAGGCUUGUGGCGGGUCUCUUACAAGCGGUGAGGCUUCACUCCAGGGCUGUUUCACUGUUGGAGGCGCUUCUGUUGUGGCCGCUUCAUGCCUUGUUGUACUUCCACGUGUUCUUCUUCUACCCGACGUUCGUGGACACUAUCCGUGCGAAGUUCCUCGAGGAAGCCGUGGCAGGUGCUGACAAGACGAAUUCAAGCGCCUGCGAAAAAACAACAUUGGGAACACCGCCUGAACAUUGAUGCGUCCACUACGAUGUCGUUCUGGCAACUGAUGUUCCUUCUGCUAGUGCCUGUUAGGUUGAAGCGAGAAUACUUACUUUGAUUUCAGCUUCGAAGCAAUCACUUUAAUUCUUAUUAUUCACCAGUUUACAUUAUUAUAAUUACUUAAAACUUGCAAGUACUGGUCAAAUGUUUUACUAACCGACCACAUCUAAUUGACAAUCUUAGAACACAAGUGCUGGGUUCGUUUUUAACAAGAUAAUUAAAUGUGUUGAAUUUUUUGCA